CCAGCUGCCGACUUCCUCCUUGAAAAUUGGUGACAAAGCUUGGAUAUUUUCCCCUCCUUGUUGUGCAAGAACAAGCUGUGGGACUUAAAACCCUCCCUCUAAAGCUGGAAACUGCCGAUCUGCUUUGUUCUUCCUUCUCGUCGGCAAGCUAUUGUGGGUGUGUGGGUGUGAAAUUCUGGGUCUUUUCGGUAAGAAUUAGCCCUGAAACUCCUCUCUUUAACCUUGAUUGAUGUUGGGUUCACCCUAACCUGGUUUGUUCUUCCAAUUUUGGGUUAAUUCCGUGAGUCCCACUGCAAAAUUGCCGCCGGCCUCUUCCCCCUGCCAGGUCCGGUUCUGCAGUUGGAAAAAUUCUGGUAUGAUGGCCACUCCUCUAAGUCCGAAUUACCCACUUAAUUGCUGCUUGUUGAAGUUUAAUCCACUUAGUGCUACCCUUGUGCUGAAUCUCGUGUUUCAAUUGGGAGGGAACAAUGAGGCUUUGGUUAGGUUCUUGAUUGUUCUGUCACCCCAGCACUUGGAGUGAAUUUUUUGUGUUAGGUGACCAAGGAAGCGAAGUCAAGGAUGGGGAAAAACGAGGGGAGUGACGACUUAGAAGGCUAGCCAUCUUGUAAAUUGAACAUAGGUUUUAGAUAUAAAUUAUGAUGUUAUAAUGAACUGAGCUGAUAAUGAUAAAUCUGGAAUUUGUGUUUGGAGCUGUUGAUGAUUUCAGUGUGUGUGAAGAUGCUUGUAAGCUCCCGUUUCAGACUUAAAACGAGUCAUUUUGCAUUCAUAACGGUAAUUAAUUUGGUUCAUUUCUCUUGCUUCAAUCUUAUGAUUUUGGUUCAAUAUAUCUGUUUGAUAUUUGAUGAUUUUUGCGUGGAUAACUUGGUUUGCCUGUGUAAUGAACUUAGAUGUGAAGCGACAAUGAUCAAUCAAGAAUUUUCAUGCUU